CGGUUCAGCGCUCCGCUCCGCCGGACACGGCGCGGCUCCGCCCCGCACGGGAAGCGAACGAGGGUUGUUCUGUCUGCCCUUUGGAGCUGGGAGUGGUCCGCUCCCGUCGCCAUUGCUUCUUCGUCCUGAGCGUCCUUCCCGGGCAGGGCUGCGGCUCCCGCCGGAGGUGCCGGUGGCCGGCUUUUAGGGAGUGAUGACGACAGUGUGCAGAGAGGCGUUCGGGCGGAUGCCUCCGGAGGAGGGAGGCGGAGAGGUGGAGAAGUUCGUCUUACAGUCGGACAGCGUGAAAGUGGAGAUCCUGUCUUUUGGGUGCAUCAUCACCACUCUUGAGACAAAAGACAGGGAUGGGCAGUUUUCAGACAUUGUCCUAGGAUUUGACACUUUGGAAGGUUACACGGGGAAGCACCCGUUCUUUGGCACUGUCGUGGGCCGUGUUGCCAACAGGAUUGCAAAUGGGAAGUUCACCGUGGAAGGGAAGGAGUAUCAGCUGUUCAUCAAUAACGGGCCCAACAGCCUGCACGGAGGAGCCAAGGGAUUUGACAAGGUUCUCUGGAGCGCCGAGGUGCUCCCGAAUGGCGUCCGCUUCUUCCGGCUCAGCCCCGACGGCGAGGAAGGCUACCCUGGUAACCUGAAAGUCUGGGUCACCUACACCCUCAGUGGCAGGGAGCUGGCCAUCAACUUCCAGGCCCAGACCAGCAAGACCACUCCCAUCAGCCUGACAAACCACUCGUACUUCAACCUGGCAGGGCAGGGCUCCCGGGAUGUCUAUGACCACGAGAUCUCCAUUGAAGCAGAUUCCUACCUGCCUGUGGACAACACUCUGAUCCCUACUGGGGAAGUGGCCGCUGUGCAGGGCACUGGAUUUGAUCUCCGGCAGCCUGUGGAGCUGGGCAAGCACUUCCAGAAGUUUCACCUGGAUGGCUUUGACCACAACUUUUGCCUGCAUCAGGGGCGGGAUCGACACCUUGCGGCCAGGGUUUUCCACCCGCCCACCGGCAGGACCAUGGAGGUUCACACCACCCAGCCUGGCAUCCAGUUUUACACUGGGAACCACCUGGAUGGCUCCCUGAAGGGCAAAGGUGGUGCCACGUACCCCAAGCACUCGGCUUUCUGCCUGGAAACCCAGAACUGGCCCGAUGCCGUUAACAAGCCUCACUUCCCCAAGGUCCUGCUCCAUCCAGGUGAGGAAUACAACCAUACCACGUGGCUCGUGUUCAACACUGCUUGAGAAGGGCUGCUGACUCCCAGCACUAAGAGGGGUUGUGUAUUUGCUGUAAGAAAUUGGGAUCAUUCAACAAAGCCAUGUCCAGGAUAUGGGCUGCUUGACAACCAUACCAGUUUCUGUGAAGAUUAGAACUCCUGAGGGCAGCUGAUAAUCUUUAAUUUUAAGGAUCUUCCCUCAAAAAAGGAAAACACACCUUGAGGUACUUUAAAGAGUUUUCUUUACAUCAAUAACCCAAAGAAUUAAAAAAUGCAACAAGUCAAAGUAGCAAUUGUCAAGUUAUUAAUAAUUUCUAUUAUCUUUAAGGGUUUCUGCAGAUGUUAUUUGCUUAAAAGAUGUGCUUUGGAGGAAAGUUUAUCCUUAGAUUUUUGAGGCAUCUGGUAUCAACAGUCGAACACAAGAGAAUGAGCUUUGCAGAAUAAGCAGAUCAGACAGAAAAAUGAAUGCCCACUAAACGAAACGGGCAUGUGCAAAUUUUUAUCCGUCUGCAGACAGAGAUGGAUUUUAAAUUCCAUUUCAAGAAGAGCAGGAACUGAUCCUUUCACCGAAAACCAUUGAACAGUAGAUGUGAAAAGUGACUACCUUGAGAAGACACCAGCUGGGAUGAGUGGUUCCCAUUUUAGACAUUUUUCAUCCACGUUACAUGGCACACAGCUAAAACUACCCAAACGUUAACAGAAGCAACAGGGUUACUACAGAGAAGUUUUAGUUAAAAAUACACAUUUUAUUUCAAUGUGCCAAUAAAAAAGUCCCACAUUUUCAUAUCACAGGAAGUUAAUUCAUACAAUAAAAAGAGACCUGUGCUAGUCUAUUGGUGUGACUAACUCAGAAGACCCAGAUCAUGCCAAAUUUUAGUUGAUAUACUCUUCUAUCUACAUUCUUACAUUUACAAAGACACCACAAAAUCCCUUAUAAUAAUGUAAGCAAAAUAACUUUCUUCCUAAAAGAUUAACUUCAUAACUUUAAUCCAUUCUUUCAGGACUUGCACUUCGUUGAGGGCUUCCUGAUGGUGAACGGCUGAAAGGAAAACAAUCCACAAUUAACAUUUCAGUAGUUGCUUGGGAAUCACAAAUACAGGAAAAAGCAACAGGAGUAUACCCAGACUGGCUCCCUUUAAGCACUUUUUAAAUAAAAUAACCAAUCACUACUGACAAAAGUUAACGGGCUAAUGAUCUGGAGAUAACACUUUUUUUCUUUACUGUUAUUUUUAAAAUGAGAUCACUGUAAGGCCAUCCAAAGGGUAUUACUUAUAGUGACCUCCAAAGGGGCAAAAUACUUCUUCACUGUUCUGAUACAGCAGCUUGUCAAAACCUAUCAUGAUGAUCACUCAGCAUUUAGGAGCACUUUUUCAUACCCUUGUGAUUGUUUGACACUAAAGUUAUAAAAAUGAACUAUUAAAAAAUUCUAAUCAGGGAAAAAAAUGCUGCUGAUUUUGUCACUCCACAUAUUCUACACAUUACUCUGUGCAUAUACACAGAGAGAGAAAACAAUUUACUGACUUACUUGAAAUAAAAAGUAAUUUAACAGCA